AUGCCGCCAAAUUCGCCCACCGGAAUAAAAAAGACAGAAAUUAAAACUGAAUUAAAACACUGGGAACACAACUUCUUUAAGAAUAAUCAGAGAAAACCCGGCAGGGAAGAUGUAAAAGCAAACCCGAGAAUUGCUCAACUGUAUAAAGAAUAUAACCAAAUCAAAAGGCGGAGUUCUCUUCCGUUGAAGCCUCCAGCCAGUCCUGAUACUUCACGGAAACGACCAUUUCAAUCGAUUGAAAAUGUGACGCCAAGACACUCUGCUAUUUUAAGAACUCCGGGAAGCGUAGAAAGAACCAUUCUCGGCCCAACACCGCAACUCACUAGAAAACCGAUUCAAAUUUUUGAAGACAUUUCUCCUUUAAAACCCUCUCCUUCCAAACAAGAUGUGUCUCUUGUGCUUCCCUCCGACAACAGUCCAGUCCCUCCCAGUCCACUCUUUACCACGCCAACGAAAGCCAACAUUCCAACGCCAAGAAAGCAAAACAAAAUCAUGGAAACUCCCACAACUCUGCGAAUGGCCGUUCCCUCUUCACCCGACCUUUUCCAUUUCGCGCCUCCAAAACGCGGGCUUUCAACGCUCCUUAAGGAGCUUAAGGCUAUGGAGGAUGAGUAUGGAAAGGAUGAGGAAGAUGUAUUGCACGAAUUGGAAAGCGAUGAAAAGUCCGCAAAUGCGGAUAAUUAUGAUGAAGAUCCCCUAAACCCGUUCCUACUUCUAGCCCGCGAUACAGAGACAGAUGAGACAACGUCAAAGGAACAAGGUUCACAGGAGCCACAAGUUCGGAAACUCAAAGUAAAACGUCAACAUAGACGUGUCAAACUACCUCCAUCUGUACCCAACGCAAAGAGUCAUUUGCAACCAUUAGAAGCAAUUGACGAAGAAGAAGAGAUUGGUACUGACGAAGACGACGAAGAAGUGAUGCCGAACACUACAUCUAUGGACGGUGUUCCAAGCGAGUCCACAAUAUUGCCGUCUAAAGUUACUGAGAAGCCAGCAAAAAGACGAAAAAUUAAGGGCAACCUCACAAUUGGUCUCCAAGUUAGCUCAAACUAUACAGCAUACAAAUUACGAAAAGGGAAAGCUGGAGGCCGAUUUCGUCGUCGUCGUCGAUAG